AUGAUUUGGAAUUUAAUUUUUUUAAAAUUUACCAAUAAUAGUGAUGAAGCAUCUUUUGAAUUGGUUGAUAAAUUAAAUACAAAUUCUAAACAGGAAGAAAGUGAAUCUAGUAAUCAACCAUUUCCAGAAAAAGCAAUAGAAAUAGCUAAAUCAGAUAGUGAAGAAGAACCUCUACUAAAAAGACAGAAAACAGAAGAAACAAGUAAAAUGAGUUGUAAAAACAGACCAGAAAAAUUAGAAGAAUCUAGUGAAGUGGAUGAAUUAGUAAAAUUAAAAAAUUCAGUGAGUCUGGAUGAAAUAAAAGUAAUAGUGAAAUUUGAAGAAGGCGAAGAAUUGUUGCAAUCAGAAGAAUUAGAAAAACCAAGAAGCACACAAAGUAUCAUUCAAUAUUCUCAUAUAACAGAAGAAACAUUUAAUUUUUUUGUUGAGUUACCAAAAAAAUUUGGUGAAUCUUUUUCAGAUGAUAUUAAUCAACAAUAUAAAAAUGAAUUUUGUAGAAUUAUACAGAGAAGAGAUAUUUUAUUUCCAACAACCACAUAUGAAUUUUACAAAAUCUUAAAAACACAAGCUUUUAAUAAUUCCAAAUUAAUAGAAAUUACUAAUUUAGAUUUUAACGCAGAUCAAAAUGAUUCAAACAAAUUGAACUAUUUUGAAUGUUUUUUAUUGAGAUUUGUUCAUAUUUUAACAUAUCAAUAUUAUAAGGAUUAUAAAAAAGAAAAUAUAGAAGUUGUUAAUGUACUCAUAGAUUUGUUAAACAAAUACAUUAAGUUUUAUUUCUAUUUUUUAAAAUUAAAAGAAAUGGUUAUUAUGAUAAACAAUGAUGAUCUUGAUAAUUUACAAAAUACAAAAGAAGAAUUUAUUGAUUUUAUUAACGAAAAUUUUCUUUGUCAUAUUAAUUCUUUUACUAAAGAAGAAAAAUAUUCUAAAUGUGCUAAAAUUAUUAUUAGUAUAAACAGAAUUUUAAAAUAUAGUAAAAAUUUUUCACAUAAAAAAAUAAGAAAUUUUAUAAUGUUUAAAUAUGUUAAAGACGUUUCAAAAAUAUUUGAUGAUAAACUUGAUAAAAAACAAAAGAUAAAAAUUCUUCAAUCAAUAAGUUAUAUGUUUCAAUGGUAUAUUCAUUAUUCAUGUAAAACAGAUUUGAUUUUAACAAAAAAUUGUUAA